UAUUAUCAUUAGUGUUAUCAAUUUAUUUACAAGCUUCGAAGGUCAACAGAGCAGAACUCCAAAUUGCAAUAUAUUGUGCAAAAUAAAUUCUACAAUUAAUGUGUUUCUUGUAAAUGGCAUUUAGUCGUGCAUGGUACCACUUCAAACGCAAUUUUUUAUCUGUAACAUUUCCCAUUCUUUCAAUUUCUUCAAUCUACGCUGAUUAUAAUCGGACAUUAAAUUGGAAAAAAAUACAAAAUCAAAAGAAUUAAAAAAUAGCUUACAAUGGCAGCCAAGCAUGCAUUAUUUGGAAUAACCUGGGAAUAUUUCGUAUUGGCUAUCCCAGUAACAAUUGGUGCCUUAUUUGGAAAAUUCUUAGAUGAUAAAGAAACAGAAAGGAUGACUCUCUUUAGAGAUAGAAGUGCUUUAUAUGGAGGAAUGGUGAAACCAGGUGAAAAACCUUCUUGGCCAUAAAUAUGUUAAACUUAAGAUGGUACUAAUAGUUUGAAUUAACUUUAAGAUUAUGUUAAAUGUAAUAAUAAAUUAAAUCAUGUUAACAA